CGGGUGACGCAGUACGGCGAGCGGCAGGUCGGGCUCGGGAGCGGCCCGCGUUAACUAUUAACCCGAGAGAAGAGAAGGGUCAGAGCGAGAGCGCGAGAGAGGGAGAAGCCGCGGCCUCGGGCGCUUGUAUGGCGGAAUGACAGAGCCCAGGGCUCAGAGGGAGAGUCCCGCCGGCACCGGAGAGCCGGGGGCCGGUGUCGCCACCGCUCAGGGAGAGGGACCGGGAGCGGGACUGAGGGCCGGUGUUGGGCAGGAGGAGCAGGAGGAGGAGGAGGAGGAGGCCCGGGAGAGGCGGCGGCGGCAGCAGCAGCAGAGGGAGGAGGAAGAGGAGCUGGAUCCCCGCAUCCAGGAGGAGCUGGAACACCUUAACCAGGCCAGUGAAGAGAUCAAUAAACUGGAGCUACAGCUAAAUGAAGCGAGGAACACCUACCGGAAAAUCCUGUCAGAAUCUGCAAGGAAAUUGAAUGCUCAGGGCUCCCAGCUUGGCAACUGCAUUGAGAAGGCAAGGCCAUAUUAUGAGGCCAGGCGCCAGGCAAAAGAGGCCCAGCAGGAGACUCAGAAGGCCGCCCUGCGUUACGAGAGAGCGGUCAGCAUGCACAACGCCGCCCGCGAGAUGGUGUACGUAGCUGAGCAAGGCCUGAUGGCAGACAGAAACCGCCUGGACCCCACCUGGCAAGAGAUGCUGAACCACGCCACCUCCAAGGUGAACGAGGCAGAGGAGGAGCGGUUGCGAAGCGAGCGUGAACACCAGCGAGUCACACUGAUGUGCCAGGAAGCAGAGGGCCGCGUCCAGGAGCUCCAGAAAUCCCUCAAGAGGGUAAUCAUCAAAUCCAAGCCCUACUUUGAACUCAAAGCCCAGUUCAACCAGAUUCUGGAGGAACACAAGGCCAAGGUGACGUCCCUGGAGAAGCAGGUGUCGCAGGCCAAGACCAAGUACUCUGUCGCCCUGAGGAACCUGGAGCAGAUCAGCGAGCAGAUCCACGCCCGCCGGCUGCUGCGCCUCGGCAGCCGCCGGGCCUCCCCGGUGGGGGCGGAGGCCCACCCGGCCUACCCCGAGGAGGAGGAGGAGGAGGAGGAGGAGGAGGAGGCGGUGGACAAGGCCUCAGCCCGCACCCCGCUGGGGGCAGAGGGGCCGCCCUCGGACACCAUGUCGGUGCUCAGCUUCCAGACCAUCGCCUCGGACCUGCAGAAAUUCGACUCGGUCGAGCACCUGGAGGAGCUGUCGGACGCGCUGAGCCUGGACAGCGAUGACCGGGACGCGGACAGGGUAAGGAGGCCCCCCUCCUCCUUCUUCAAGCACCACCGCAGUGUCAGCUUAUAGGGCUGUGGGCAGCUGACCAGGAUGGGGGGGGUGCCGGGUGGCUACCACUGCGCCCACCCUAUCAUCUACCGUUGUACAUAACAGCCCAUCCGAGAGGGAGGGAGCGAGGAGCCGUCAUGCCCGCCACGA